GGCUUUGCCCUUUCCACAACAAUGAUGGCAUGCAACUCAGAAACCAAAUUGGUGUGACCCCCCAAUCUUAGAAAAUCCCAUGCCUUCCUCAUUCUUAUUCGGGUGUUCCACUAUCCACACCUUCAAAACUGUUGGAAUUAGAGAGUAGCGAAAACUUACAAACCGGAUUGCUAUCGUAUCCAGAAACUAAAAUCGGAUCGGAUUACUUGUUUUCUCCCACACGUUGUGGAUUGAAUGCGAAGAGGGCUACGAGAGUACCAGUUCCUUUCUGGAAACAAGCAAAAGCAAACUCCUGGGUACUAUUUCUUUCAGUAGAGGGAACAGUUAUUGAUCCUACGCAUGUUUUCACUUUGCAGACACAAAUAUACUCCCCACCCUUGAGAUCUUCCCUUCAUGGUCAAUGAGAUAUCAGCAAAUACAUGGAGUAAGGGGGAUUUAGGCUCAGCAGGUAAGAACACAGCAUCCGAGGUGGAAUCAGAGUCACCGUUAAGCAGAAACCAGGACUCGUCGGAACAGACUUCGGAGAAGAAGCAGAAGAAUAUCCUGAUGGCAAAUGAUGCAUCAGUGAUUGGAGCAGCUCAGAACAACAAGCUUGGAGCUCAAGAAAAGAGGAAGAUAACUGGUUCAAUGAGAAAAGAGGGCAAUUUAUUAGACGCCAAGACGUUGAGGCGCUUAGCACAAAACAGAGAGGCAGCAAGGAAGAGCAGGCUAAGAAAGAAGGCUUAUGUGCAGCAGCUAGAGUCCAGCAGAAUUAGGCUUCAACAACUAGAGCAAGAACUCCAAAGAUCGCAAUCGCAGGGUCUAUUUCUAGGAGGAUGCAUUGCACCUGGAGACAUCAAUUCAGGUGCAGCAGCAGUGUUUGACAUAGAAUAUAACCGAUGGUUGGACGACAAUGGGAAGCAUUUAUCAGCUCUGCGGGCUGGCCUGCAGGCUCGCCUUCUCGACGGCAAUCUCGGGCUCAUUAUAGACGAAUGCUUGGCUCACCACGACGAGCUCUUCCGCCUCAGAGCAGUAGCUGCUAAGUGUGAUGCAUUCCACCUGUUGAUAGGGACGUGGACUACCCCCGCAGAGAGGUGCUUCUUGUGGAUGGGUGGAUUCCGGCCAUCUGAGCUAAUCAAGAUUCUGAUGCCUCAUCUGGAUCCGCUGACGGAGCAGCAGCUGAUGGGGAUAUGCAGCCUCCAGCAGUCGUCGCAGCAGGCAGAGGAAGCGCUCUUGCAGGGCUUCGAACAGCUCCACCAUUCGUUGGCUGAUACAGUUGCGACCGGCCUCCCUGCCAAUGACGGCACAUUAAGCUACAUGGACUACACGGCCGUAGCACUUGACAAACUUGCCAACCUCGAAGUCUUCAUCCGCCAGGCUGACAAUUUGAGGCAACAGACUUUACAUCAAAUUCGCCACAUUUUAACUACACAACAGGCAGCUAGAUGCUUCCUAGCGAUUGGAGAGUAUUACAGCCGCCUUCGAGCCCUCAGCUCCCUCUGGGCUUCUCGUCCUCUGCAAAACUUUGCGGCAAAUGAGAGUGGUUGGUCUACAGCAACAGAUGUGCAUGUUAUUCAGCAACCAUCUAAACCAACCAAUUUGGGUGCUUCUGACAAAUUAUGUGCAGAAAAAGGUAUCAUCUCAGGUAGUCCAAUCUUUUAGAGAUUCUGAUGAUAUUGCUGGUCUGCAUAAAGAUAUUUUACCAAGGAAAAUGACAGAGACAGAAAAUUAGAAGUUGGAUGAGU